GUUUAAUUAUAUUGGCUUUUGCACAUUCAUUUCAUUUAUUAUUAAGAACUAGUUCAGAUAUGGCAUCUGAUGGUGCGAGUUAUAAUGCUAGUGGGAUGGGUGGGGUUGAAGAAAAUGAUCAGUCGGUUAAUGCUGAAAGUAACAAUAUUUUUUCCACAUUUGGAGACGCAGUUUUAGCAACUUAUGCUAUGCUCAUUGUUCAUGUAAACGAACUUCGAAACCUAGUACAAAUAAUUCAAAAUGAUAAAUGGAAUGGUUUUGAGAAACUUUAUUUAUCACCAGCAAUUUUGAAAGUAAUUAAAGUCGAAUAUGAUAAUUUUUCUAAAAAUAAGCAAGUGGAAAUUAAGAUAGAAAAUACAGUACCAAUAUAUAGAUAUAAAGAAACAUAG